AUGGCUCCAGAAGACACCCAAGGGGCAGCCAAGUCCGCCAUGGAGAAACUCUCCUGUGCCAUGGGGGAAAGAACUAAACAGCUGGGCAGUGCCAUGAAGGAAGCCCACCACCAGAGGAGACUCAUCUUGUUCAUCGUCUGCGUGGCACUUCUUCUUGAUAACAUGCUCUACAUGGUCAUAGUUCCUAUAAUUCCAGACUACAUUCAAAGUAUGAGAUCGCAUAGUGAAAAAUCCUUUAAGGAGCUGAAUUUCAGCUUAGCCUCUUCCAAUAAAUCUAUCAUCAGACCCACGUACCCAACAGAGAAUGAAGACAUCAAGAUCGGAGUCCUGUUUGCCUCCAAAGCGAUCCUACAGCUGCUGGUCAACCCACUCAGUGGCACCUUCAUGGACAGGGUUGGCUAUGACAUCCCUCUUUUGAUUGGACUGAUUGUUAUGUUCCUGUCAACUGUCAUUUUUGCGUUUGCAGAGAACUAUGCCACGCUGUUUGUAGCGAGAAGUCUGCAAGGCUUGGGAUCUGCCUUUGCAGACACCUCUGGGAUCGCGAUGAUCGCAGACAAAUACACAGAGGAAGCAGAGCGGAGCAAAGCCUUGGGUAUAGCCAUAGCGUUUAUUUCUUUCGGGAGCUUGGUAGCGCCCCCCUUUGGAGGCAUAUUAUAUCAAUUUGUAGGGAAAAGAAUGCCCUUUUUGAUUUUGGCUUGCAUCUCUCUCAUUGAUGGCAUUCUGCUGCUAGCGGUCAUCAAACCCUUCGCCAAUCGGACUAGAGAGAACAUGCCAGUGGGCACACCCAUCCAUAGACUCAUGAUCGACCCUUACAUCGCAGUAGUGGCAGGGGCACUGACCACCUGUAACAUCCCUCUGGCGUUUUUGGAGCCCACCAUAGCAAACUGGAUGAAAACCACUAUGGGUGCCUCAGAGUGGCAAAUGGGUCUCACUUGGCUGCCAGCAUUCUUUCCUCACAUACUAGGGGUAUAUAUUACUGUAAAACUUGCUGCCAAUUACCCUCAAUAUCAAUGGUUCUAUGGUGCCAUAGGAAUGGUAAUAAUAGGGGCCAGCUCUUGCACGGUGCCAGCUUGUAAAACUUUUGAGCAGCUAAUCAUUCCUUUGUGUGGUUUGUGCUUUGGCAUUGCAUUGGUAGAUACUGCACUAUUGCCCACUCUCGCCUUACUAGUAGAUGUCCGCCAUGUUUCUGUAUAUGGAAGCGUUUAUGCAAUAGCAGAUAUAUCCUAUUCAGUGGCUUAUGCCCUGGGGCCUAUAGUGGCCAGCCAAAUUGUUCAUACAAUGGGCUUCACCCAACUUAAUCUUGGCAUGGGACUUGCCAAUGUACUGUAUGCCCCUGCCCUUCUGUUUCUCAGAAACGUGUGCCAAAUGAAACCCUCUCAUUCUGAAAGGAAUAUCUUACUAGAUGAGGGACCUAAGGGCUUGUAUGACACUAUUAAAAUGGAAGAGAGAAAAGCAAAGUCUAGAAAGAGCCAUCUUAAAGAUGGAGAACUUCCAGAGAACAGCAUGGACAAUUACCAUGAGCAGACAGGGAAGUACAUGUCUGAAGAGGAGUCCUCUGAAUACGAGUACAGUUAA